GUCAGCUGACCGGAAGUGCCGAGCGCGGGGCGAUGUGAUGGAGGCGGCGGAGCUUCAGCGGCCGGUGGACGGCGCGUUACCACAGCAACCCGGGCCCUCGGGCUACAACAAAAGCUGGAAGAAUGAGACUGCCUUCAAGAUGAAUGAGAAGAAGAAACUGCCGACCAGCACCAGAACUUCAGCAAUACAUCUCAAAUUACAGAAGCAUCGAGAAUUGGCCAAGAGGGUUCUCAAGAAGAAAGCAAUGGCUGGAGGUCCAGUCUUACACCAGCCCAAGUCUGGAACUAAAAGGCUAGUAAAAUUCAAUAAAGGAUACUCUGCCUUGAAACAAAACCCGGAUGAAUCGUUAGUUUCCUUGGAAUCAGACAGUGAGGGCGAGUUUGAAUCCAAGUAUUAUUCAUCAUCGGGCUAUUCUUCUGCAGAGCAGCAAGUGAAUCAGGACUUGAAUCGUCAGCUCCUGAAAGACGGCUACCACCUGGAUGAAAUCCCAGACGAUGAAGAUCUUGACCUGAUUCCCCCAAAGCCUCUUACCUCUACAGUCUGUGCCUGUUGCCAGGGGGAAAGCUCUUGUACUGUGCAGUAAUGACAGCCCCUCCCGCACCAUCUCGGAGGAGACGCUAAUUUGGGGGCGAUUGUGAUUUCUACGGCACUGCAGACCUGACUGUGUGAAUAUCUAUAUAUUUUGAACAGGGAAAGUAUAUUUGCAUAUACGAGUCCAAUUUUAACAACCUGAUGUGUGGAAUGUAAUUGCUCACCCCUUUAUCACCUGGGUAUAUCAUCCAUGUCCCAUUAAUUGAUGUGGUCUGUUCGUAUCUGUUUGAGUGUCCGGAUGUGUGUAAGUACAUUUCUCCAGGAUGUGCUGCCAUUUGAACGCCGAUGAUGCAGUAUUGCUGGAGUCGGUCACUGGUUCAAACUGAAAGAUAUUAUUAGAAACAGAUCCAAAAUAUUGGGGGUAAGUGAUUGAUUUUGUGUUAUCAGAGGGUGCAUGUCUGUGCAUUAACCUAAGAUGUUCACCCGCCGCAUUCUGCACACGGCAGCUCUUACUGGGACAACAACAAAAAAA